UUGCCGCUGCGCAUACGCGAGCAUAAGUCACGUUCGUGGUUUCUCUCCAACAGGCAGCAGCUAGCAAACGCCCGUCGAAGUUCUCAAAAUGAACCGCUCAGAGGAAGAACAGAUGACGCCAGAGACGUUUCUGUAUGGGUGCGUGUUGGAACCCGAGAAGGAUGUCGUCUUUAAUCCAGAGAAUGAUGACUUCGAACAUCAAUUAGACUUAAGAAUGGCAUGUGUGGACUCUACUACUAAAGAUGAGCUUCACACAGUUGAGGUGGAGGGACAGGACAUUGAAGGGCAAAAAGUCAAGGCUCUGCUGGUUUCACUUAAACCCUCUACCCUGCCUAGUGCAUCUCUUGGUGGUUUUAUGAUCACUCCCCCAGCUGUAUUCCGUCUAAAGACUGGUUCUGGUCCCAUCCAUCUUAGCGGGCAGCAUCUUGUCAUAAUGGGAGGUGAUCAGUCUUUUGAUGAAGAAGAUGAUGAUGAUGAGGAGGAAGAACUCCAAAUAACCAAGAAAAGGCCUGCUUCCUCACCUGCCCCCAAGGCCCAGAAAAAAAUGAAAGUGGCCAUGGAGGAGGCGGAAGAAGAUGAUGAGGACGACGAUGAUGACGAUGAUGAUGAUGAAGAUGAUGAAGAAGAGGAAGAGGAAGAAGAGACCCCUGUGAAGGCCAAAGCAGCUGCGUCCACACCCAAAGUCCCUGCUCAAAAUGGAAAGAACGCAACGCCCAGUGCUACUCCAAAACAGAAGAAAACCCCUAACAAGGGUGAGAAACCCAAGAAAUCUCCACAAACUCCCAAGGCACCUUUAACAGUCCCUCAGAUCAAAUCCAAGUUGAUGGAGACUAUGAAGAAGGGAAUAUUACUUCCUAAAGCACAGCCCAAAUUCGAGAACUUGGUGAAGAAUGGAUACAAAGUCACAGAUGCCGAGGUAAUGGCUGAGCUGUGGAAGUGGAGGCAGACGGUGAAAGAUGCUAAAUAAAAAAUCGGUUUUUCUUAAAUUUCCUGUCCCACCCAUCCCUGAUAUCUUUUUAUAAAACAACUGGAGUAUGACUUGGUGCCUCACAUUUUUUUGAUCCAUAUAAAUGCCAGGCAGGCAUUUAAGGAAAGGAAGCAUUUUGUUUUUUGGGGACGAGAAGUUGCAACUUUCCCUGUUUUGGUGACACAGGUGCCCUGUCCAUAGGAGGUUGCCGGGCAUAGAUACCAUUCCAGCUUGACUGGGUGGCCCUUGGAUCACUUUAGAAAUGUUAUCGUCUUGAAUUCUGAAGGAUUUUUUUUGUUUUUUUUUUUGUCAGGUUUAGACUCAGCCAUUGCAGUACAUGUACCGCCACCCACCCAUCAGAAUUGUUUAUUUUGGUUCGUUAUCUUGUGCUCAACUAUUUACACAUUGCAUUUACGAGACAAACUUGACUACAUUUUGCCGUCCCAGAAAUAGUCUAACGUAACAAGGUGUUUUUCUCAGGUAUGGAGAAUUGAGGAGAAAUGCUCUUCAAAAAAAGAAAGCCAAAUAGUACUUUUGUGAUGGCCACAAUAUUUAAUCUUUAACUGUUUGAGGCCUAAUAAAAUGAUUAAAUAAAUACCAUUCCAUUAGGUGGGUAGGCUUUCCCCUGUUGUCAAAUCUGGGUGGAUGACAGACCGGUUAUAAAUGAGACAAAUGUGGCUCAAUUGUCUGGUUUUUCCACUUCACUGUUCUCAAUUGGUUCACUUUAAUUUUGGUUCUGAUUUUUCUGAUCCAGUGUAAACUGCAACAUAUACGUUUUGUUUAAAUUUGACUUUGUAUGCACACCUCUACAUAAAUGUGGCUGAAAAAUGUCUUUUUUCCACCUUUC